GGAAAGGCCCAAAAUGUUAAUGUGUUACGUGAGGUUAAAGCUAACCUUGGGUUUUAUUUUGGGUCAAAAUUGCCAUUAUAAAGGCCCUAUGCAAUAUAGGCCACACCAUGAAGAACUCAAACAUCACAGAUUCACAGGUGGUGGUCUAUUUCAUUUUGUUUGUUCUCGGCCAAUGAUGGAACUACACAUGGAAAACAAAAAUCUCAAACGAUCUCACGAGAAACCGGCCGAUCUUAAAGUUGUAAAGCAAAAGAACAGUAGACACGUAACAAUAUGCAUAAAUAAUAUUUGACCAUAUGCAUGCAUGGACAUACACGAAACACAUUGUUCGUAUAAAAUAAACGAGCUAUAAUCAAGGAGAACCCUAAUGACGUACCAAAUGACGAGACGCGCAAAAUCUCAACGAACAACCCACCACAGACGGAGAAAGCAAAAAGACAUUUCUAAAAAGCCAUAAUUAGUGGAUUCAUUACGUUGCUUUGCAUCCAUUAACUCAUACGUAAACACGCACACACAUAAAAUAAAAAUAUGUGUUCUGGAUAUAAAGCUGACGUUGGAAGGCGACAAAAACCUACAACAUUAAAAACAGAAAUAGUUGCUGUUACAACUUCUCAUAGUAAUGUAGAAACAAUUUGUUGCAAUAGAGCGACCCGUAAGAUUGAUUUAAGCAAAAAUAAAAUAAAAAAAUUGAUUGAUAUAUAUUUAAAAUUUAUAAACGUAAUAUAUUUACAACUAACUUUUUUUUAGAAAGAAUAGAUGUUGUCAAAUACUCCAAUUUAAAGGGAAAGAGUGUUGCAUGUUAACAUCCAUUUCCAAAUAUGACUUAGCGACACAUCAAGUUUUGUACCAAUUUACAAAGUUGUCGUUAUAUUGCUCAUUUUCAGUAGUGGUGAAUAACUUUCUAUGCGUAAAUUUUGAUAUAAUUCUAUAAAAGAUAGAUCUUACUUUAAUAAGUGUUUGCCUGCCCCUCGACUUUAAUAAAAGAUUUAAUUAAACUUUAUAUAAAAUAUGACCUAACCUGUAUCCGUCGGCUUAUAACAUAUAUAGACAAGCGGUGUACGUAUCCAGACUAUAUACGCAUCGAAACUGAUAAAUCUUUUCCUCGAGCAAAAGAGAAGUUCGUUGAUUAACGAAAGGGUAACGAAUAAUGUAUUCUGAAUGAUUCGCAAUAUCGCAUGUACAUUAUUUGAAUUAUAUCCAAGAAACUACUUAUAAAAUUUUCCAGAUGCCAAUAAUAUACAAAGAAAUAUCGAUGGGAGUAUAUAGUUUUCUAGUAUUAUUGUAGAUGGGAGGUUUUAAGUUUAGAGGUUUGUAUUAAAUAACCCCAUUUCUCAACAUAAUAGCCGACAUAUGUAUAUGUGCAAUGUAAUUAAUGUUGAUUCAUACUAUAAAAAAUGAAAUUGGGAUAUUGUUGAAAAAGCUAAUCUCUAAAGCUUUAUUAUUUGAAAAAGCUAAUAUGUGAAAAAUCAAAUUGGGACAUUAAAGUUUGAUUUUACAUGAGACCGAACUAAAGACUUAUAUAAUGUACAGAUUCACAUAAUCGUAUAUCGAUAUAUAUUUAUAUUUUUGCACUCGAACAUCGAUCUCGAUAUAAAUUAAAUUAAAAAAAAAUUAAAUUGGAAUUAUUAAAAAGCCAUUAUAUGAAGCUCUUUUUACUGGACACUAAAGUUUGAUUUCACAUGAACCUAACAUGAGACUGGCUAAUUAGAAAAGUAUAUUUGUAUUUGUUGUCUUUUAUACUUUAUUAUAUACGUAUGAAAUGCAUGUGGCUGUUGCUCCACAUAUACUUUUGAAUCCUAAAUGAGCUAAUUAAAGUUAGUCAGUUUUCUGAUGUAAUUAUAAUAAAUGGUUAUAGUUCAACAAUUAAAAACAUAUGUUGAUCAUAAAUUUGUAAAUGAUUUUUUUCUUAAAUUUUUCUAAAAACUUAUUGUGUGAUCUAAUAAGCACAAAUUUCCAUCCUCGUUAAUUAUUUUUGCCUUACAACAAACAACAGAAAUUAGAACGUUCUUAAAUAAAAGCUACUGCAAUAUAUAUAAAUAUAUAUACAUGUGUGUGACAUUAUGAAAUGAUAUGCAGCAUUUUAACCAUAAAACAAUUCAGCGUUAAAAUUAUUGAUUCUCUUUAUGUAUUAUCUUGGUUUUCUUGGGUUCUCAAUAUUUCUAUUGAAUCAACUAAACCUAAUAAUCUAGCUCUAAAUUUUCUAUAUACAUUGGUAGAUUGUUAACUUCUCACAUUUCUCUGUUCUCAAUAUUUCUUCUGAAUUACCAACUAAACUUAAAAAUCUCGAAAUUUCUAUAUACUUUGAAUCGGCAUAUUGAUGGUUUAUCAUUCAAUGUUACCUUAUAGCAAGCAACUAUAUACUUUUGUGUCGUAGGUUAUAUAGCCUUAUAGGGUUCUUUACAUAAAGUAUUGGUCUCAUAUCUCAUGCAAAGCACCAUGUUGGGUUCAGUUUAUGUGAAAGUGUUCCUUAGAUUCUCUAUUUCUUUUCGGUUAAUUAAUUUUACUCCACUCUUUGUCUACUUUUUUUCUUUCUUUUGUAGAUUGAAAUGAUGAUUCUAGUCCCUCUUCGGUGUCCAUCCCGUGUAAAAAGAAAUCUAGAAGAUUUUUUUUUCUUUUUCUUUAAGAAAGAUGACUAAACAAACAGGGAACACCAAAGAACCAACUCUAUCGUGGCUGUCAGUAUCAUAACAAGUAUACGUUCACAAAACAAAUAUAAGGGGGUUUCUGGAUUUGAAGAAAGAAAAAAAGUUGAUUGUGAUAAUAUCUUGUAUAUAAAUAUUCCUUUUAUGUUGAAGUAAUUAUAAACCCAUGGAUGCAGUGAAAAACUGUUCAUUAGAGAGAGAAAUCAAAAUGAAUUAUGAUCAAAUAAAUGGAUUGAACUACUUGUGUAAUGUUUUCAUUAAUGAAUAUAUAUUUUAAAUUAAAGUGUUUGUUCAACAUUUUUUCCUGCCGACCACUGGAGCCACAAUAAUCAAUCCCAAAUAAAUUCAGACGAAGUAUUCAAUUUCAAUUUGAAAGGUACACCUUUUCUAGAAAUGAAACAAAGAAUGUCAUUUAAAAUUAGGUCUGUGUAGAUAUUAAAACGUGUAAAAUGUGGAUUGUUAUCUUCAUCACCAAGCUAUUACAUAUAUUUGGUUUAUUUGAAAAUUCAAAAUUUCUAUAAAACAAAUAAUUGCUAUAUGGACCUCAAACGAGCAAUGGUGCCCCACAAAAUAUUUUAUGCUUUUACAAAAGUUGGCUCCAAAAAUUAAAACUGCAAGUUUUUAACCCCACCAUAGUGCAAGAUGACUCAAAAGCUGUUAAUACGGUUGGUAUACGGUCAUAUACAGUAUUUGCAUAUGACUAAAAUACCCUUCUUUGUUUGCCCAUAAAUAUCAGCCUCCAACAAUGCAAUUCUUCCCUUUUCCCCCGCUAAUCACUCAUCUCUCUAUUAGAAAAAAAAUAAGCAAUUAUGUUGUCCACUGUACCGGCAAUUUCCUUCCUGGAACCGGGUACGGUUAAUCACUUUUCAGGUUUCCAAACCGGAUUCACUCCUUGGGAGGGGGACUGCUUUGAUCUCCUUUCCAUGAACCAAUUUUUGAUUGAACCGGCCGUUCCCAGCCCUUGUUAUGGUGAAUCCGACUCUGGUCUCGUUAGAACUAAUUCUGGUUUUGAUGAUAUUAAAACCGGUUCUGACGAAUCUUGUGCCGGUUUCAUCAAACCCGGUUUUGAGGACACCGUCAGUUCACAGGGCCUACUGUGCACUCAAGGAGACAAACCGGACCCGGAUGACCCGAAACAAUGGACAGCCCUCGCGAAUUUUGAACCGGGCGAGAAGAAGCAUAACCGGAAUAAGCUGAUUCAACCGGAGAUGACCGACGAGAGGAAAAGAAAGAGAAUGGAGUCAAACCGGGAAUCAGCGAGACGGUCAAGAAUGCGUAGACAGAGUCACAUUGAUAACUUAAGGAACCAAGUAAAUCAGCUCGAUCUGGAAAACCGUGAGCUCGGGAACCGGCUCCGGUUAGUUAUAUACCACCUUCAACAAGUGAACACGGACAAUAACAGGCUCGUGACGGAACAAGAGAUGCUCCGGUUAAGAUUCUCGGAGUUGAGGCGGAUUCUGAUUCUCAGACAACUUCAACAACAACAACAGUGGGAACUCAAUAACAGGAGAAUGAUCAUGUAUGAACAAAACCCAUCUACGAUCAUAUGAUUUAAGUAAAUAAAAGCUUUGAAAAUCUAGAACAUUAAGAUCAAAGAAAAAAAUAUCUCUCUCUAUGUAUAUGAAAGCUUAGGAAGAGAAAAUGAAAGUUUUCAAAUUUUCCUUUCUAUUUUGCAACUCUGAGAGAAGAAUGAAAAAACUUUUUUUUUGUUGCACUAUCGUAGGAAUAUAUAGUGGUCGUGGACCGUGGUAUUGUAAAUAACUCAAAGAGUUAUCAAAUUAUUGCAAUGAUAUAAUAUUAUUCGUACUUAGUGGACA